GAUUCACUCUCUCACUCAAAUAUAUCAUACCACCGCCGUACUGCUCGACACUCCUCUUCCUCUCCGUCAUCAGAGCAGCAACAACCGUCGAAAAGCUUAUAUUAUCAUCAAGCAAUGGCUGUUGCAUUCCACAACCUCAACUCUGACUCUGGCCUCAAGAAGCUUGAUGAGUACCUCCUGACCCGCAGUUAUAUCACUGGGUACCAAGCCUCAAAGGAUGAUAUCACUGUGUAUUCAUAUCUAGCAAAAACCCCAUCUACUGAAUAUGUUAAUGCAUCUAGGUGGUAUAAGCACAUUGAUGCACUUCUGAGAAUCUCUGGUGUAUCCGGUGAAGGUGCUGGUGUUAUUGUAGAGGGAUCUGCACCCAUCGCUGAGGCUGUGGCAACUCCUCCUGCUGCUGACAGUAAAGCCUCAGCUGCUGAAGAAGAAGAUGAUGAUGACGAUGUUGACCUAUUUGGUGAGGAAACUGAAGAGGAAAAGAAGGCUGCUGAAGAACGUGCUGCAGCAAUGAAGGCUUCAGGGAAGAAGAAAGAAUCUGGCAAGUCCUCAGUUCUCAUGGAUGUCAAGCCAUGGGAUGAUGAGACCGAUAUGAAAAAGCUUGAAGAAGCUGUUCGUAGUGUUCAUAUGGAAGGAUUGACUUAUGGAGCAUCUAAACUUGUUCCUGUUGGAUAUGGUAUUAAGAAGCUGCAAAUUAUGCUUACCAUUGUGGAUGACUUGGUCUCAGUGGAUGAUCUCAUUGAGAAUUAUCUUACUGUUGAACCUAUCAACGAGUACGUUCAGAGUUGUGACAUUGUUGCUUUCAACAAAAUAUGAAAUUUGUUCCUCUGAAGUUUUGAUGGAAGAAAUCGGGUUAUGCCAAUCUGUUUUGCUCCUUGUUUGGAAGAGUAUUUAUAUUUCUCAAGUAUCGGUUUUGAAAAGACUUCACUUCUCUGUAGCUGGCUCUCUUCAUUGACGUUUUAACAAUUUUAUCUUUAUAUUGUACCCCCAUGAUUUCAUCCUUUUGCUGAUUUUGAACUAAUCAACAGAGAGCGGCGCUAAAAAUGUACUUGUAUUGGUGUUUUAUUCCUGUGGAGCUGAAGAAAUACUACUUGGUAUUACAGUGUUGUGAAGAGUGAAAAUAUUUGGCACUACAUUCUGGUGAAA